CAAUCCACGGUCCGUCCGCUGCAGAAUGCUUCCCUUGACGAUCCUUGUUCAAAACUUAAUGCAGCUGCUUUACAUCGUCUUUGCGAACCUCACCAAGCACCCCUUGAGAUUAAUCAACUAGUAGCUAUUCGCUUUGCGAUUUCUGAAUAUUUCGCACUCGAGCAUUCGGCUCAAGAUACAUAUGAACGCAUUCGCAGAUUUGCAGGACAUUGUUUCGUUGGAGAUGCGAACGAGAUACCCCGUUACUACCAAAUAGAACGCCUCAUUGCUGAAUUUACUGGAGUCGAGUCCAUCGAACACGACAUGUGUCCAGAGUCUUGUGUAGCUUUCACAGGGCCAUUCUCUUACAUUGAACAUUGCCCCAUCUGCGGUCACUGUGAUCGUUAUGACGCUAUCAAGCUGUGA